AUGGCUGAUGUCUUCAGAGGCCUAAACCUCCUGGAAACCCUCAAAGAGUCAAUAGAGAACAACAAGUUAUCCGACGUCAAGGAUGCAGUGGAAGACCUCCUCAUCAGUAGGAUCAACUUAGCUGUGGUGGGGGACCGUGGAGAUGAAAAAGCCUCCUUCAUGAACUCUCUCCGUGGCCUCGGGCCUGGUGAUGAGGGAGCAGCUCCUUCUCCAUCCCCAGCUGCCCCAGAGGAAGUGGCGGGCUACCCCAACCCUAAACACCCUGAUUUCCGCCUGUGGGACCUGCCGCCUGUCCCGACCGCAUCCCCAUUUGAACCAGAGGGAUACAUGGAUAGAGUGAAGUUUCUCCGCUACAAUGCCGUCUUUAUGACGUUCGCACAGACACCACAUCCCAACAGUGUGCAGGUUUUCCUGGAGGCUCGUUCACUGCAGCGGCAAACUGUGUACUUUCUUCUCUUGGCUUCUGUGAAAGACACAGAAAAGAACCUGGAAGAAAAAAGGAAAGCCAGCCUGGAAGUGCUGACAUCUCAGGGCGUGGCGCAACCUAAAGUCUACCUGGUCAAACCCUCUACCCUGGAGAAGUGUGACUGUCCUGGCCUGUUGGAGGACAUGGGUAAGGACCUGCCGGAGAUCCGAGCCAACGCCCUGCUCUUGGCUCUACCGACACUCACCUCGACCCUGGUCACCCAGAAAAAGGAGGCAUUCAAAGCGCUAGUAUGGGCGGCCGCCUCGCUAUCUGGUGGCAUGUCCGCUAUUCCUGUACCCAUGGUGGCCUCUAUGGUGGACUCAAGCGUAGCGGUGCGGAUCCUGACAAAAGCACAAUUAUCUCUGUGCCUGGACGAUGAAUCGGUGGAGCGACUGGCCCGGCAGCGUGGCCUUGAACCCGCAAGACUUAAAGGACUGCGGACUUGUGCACUUUCGGCAGAGGUCACUAAAGGGGAAGUGAAAAGUCGUCUGACGGCGGCUGAGAAGGACUUGGCCACUGUUUCGUCGAAGCUACUGGAGAUGGCAAUGCCAAGGCACGCCCGUUCUGCCAGCCGCUCCUUCGCCGCCAUGAUGCAGGCUUUGAACGGUGCUGUUGAUGAAAUGGCUGCUGAUGCUGAGAAGAUAGUGACUGCUGCUCUUGAAGACGGGAAAUGA